GCCGAACAGACGAUUGCUGCUGCGUACGUCUUUCGGCCGCAUGGUGUAUGCGUUGCGGCGUAUAAAGAUGGAUUCACCUAGGAGUUGGUUGGUCGCCGCGGCUUGCUGCUGGAUAAACGUGUUCACUUUCGCCCUGAUCCGUUCGGCCGCCGUGGUGUAUGUGGCGCUGUUGCAGGCCUUCCCGGUGACCAGGCAGCGGGCGUCGUGGCCCGUCAACCUUGCUGUCGUCUGCUACUUCCUUACAGGUCCCAUUGCCGGAGUCAUGGCAAGGUACAUAUCGAUAUGGAAGCUCUCCGUGGUUGGGUGCCUCGGUGGUUCACUCGCCAUAUGCGCCUGCUCCUUCGCGCCCUCGAUGCUCUUCCUCGACGUCUUCUUAGGUAUCGUGCACGCCACUCUGCUGAAGGUACAGUCAUGGUGAAUACUGAUCUCGGAGAGCGUGAUCUAGCCAACAGGUGCCUAGAUUGCCUAACACCUGCUCAAUGUCUGCAUACUGCAUAUAGAGCUGGCAUCCACACCUUCAAGUUCUUACACAUCACCUUCCCACUUGUGAAGGCAGUCCUAUCUUAAGUUUUCUUCUUGCAUGUGAUGACAAUGAUUGGAUGCAUCUGCUUCAUUAAUCUUCUUCUAGUGCUUGGCUUCUCAGAUUUACUGGAUGGAGCUGUUGGUGUCUUGUUUUCCUCAAGCAAAGCGCGAGAUAUAGCAAUGCGUAGACCAAAUAUAGAUUUGAGAAAACCAAAACGAAUUCAGCAGUAAGAAGCUAAAUGGUUGUUUUGGUGUAGAUCAGUGGCUAAGUCCGGAUAUGAAAGAGGAGGAAGAAAAGCCUAGUCUUUCCACUUCAACACUGAGGCACAACUCCCACAAAUAAAUAGGACUCUUACUUAUUUUACUUUUUUAAGGAGAUUACCGACUUGCAUUGGCAAGUGUUCAUUUCAGCAAACACUGCAUGAAGUAAGCUUCCUGUGCAUAUUUCACCAGCUACUGCAUCAUUGUUUCACAUAAUGAGUGAAACUGCAAUUUUCUUUAUGCCACAACUUGCCCAAUUUUGUGUUUCGCAGUGGGAUGUUAGCAGUGCUAAUAAGGCACCUAAAUACUCCCAUGAAUAGUAAUACAGAGAAAAAAAAGUAAGAAAGCAGCGGCUUUUUGUGCGUAGACUAUGCAUACACCUGGUGCUCUUAUGGUCAUUUUUUCCCUAUCCGCUCAGCCAUUCUAAACAAGAAAAGUUUAUACACCAUUAGUUUAUACACAGACCACAACUGAACCACAGGUAUCGUUGGUAAGCAAAGUAUAUUUAUUCGGUGACAUUUUCUGCGGCCCUGCUAUUGAGCUUUCCUUCCUUCCUUUUCAGCCGUGCAGGUUCAUUAAGAAGUGAUGAUAGUUUGACAAUUUUAAUCAUUGAAAGACUUAGCGAAACCUUUUUCGGGUUGUUUUUUCUUGGUUUCAGACUCUGCGCAUUGCAUUUUAAGGCGUGUUUUUUGUGUUUGUUGCUUUUUCUUUAUGGGUAGGGCAUGUCAACAUUUUUUACACCAUUUCAAGUAUGUGGUGCCAUAGACUGUUCUUAGAUGAAGUCUUGCCCUUUCAUUCUGUACAAUAUGAUGUCGGUUUUUUGUGUCCAAGGCCGUUUUACAGCGUGAUUGUAGCAUUUUGCUAAGUUUUGCCUCUGUCACCCAAGCUUGAAAGAUUGCUACCCACUGGUGGUGGCAUGACACAUGUCACGUUUCUUUUUCAAUAAAAGGAAGUCUGUCACUUAUCCUGUGCA